GCCUGGCAAGCAGGGCUGAUGCUGGCAGGAGCCCUUAGCAGCACUAAGUGAAUGAGCAGCACCAGGAGUGAGCGACAGAGCAGGUGCUGGGGGCCCCGAGAAAGCUUCUGGCCACACUUGAUUCCCAGCCUGCAGAAGGAACCCAUGCACCAUGACUCUGGCCGCGUACAAAGAGAAGAUGAAGGAGCUCCCCCUCGUGUCCUUGUUCUGCUCCUGCUUUCUGGCUGACCCCUUGAACAAACCAACGUAUAAAUACGAAGCAGACACCGUCGACCUCACCUGGUGCGUAAUUUCGGACAUGGAAGUCAUCGAGCUGAACAAGCGCACCUCAGGCCAGUCCUUCGAGGUGAUCCUAAAGCCGCCAUCCUUCGAUGGGAUCCCCGAGUUCAAUGCCUCCCUGCCCCGGCGACGCGACCCCUCCCUGGAGGAGAUCCAGAAGAAGCUGGAGGCGGCUGAGGAGCGGCGGAAGUACCAGGAAGCGGAGCUCCUGAAGCACCUGGCAGAGAAGCGGGAGCACGGGCGGGAGGUCAUCCAGAAAGCCAUAGAGGAGAACAACAACUUCAUCAAGGCGGCCAAGGAGAAGCUGGCACAGAGGAUGGAGUCCAACAAGGAGAACCGGGAGGCCCACUUAGCUGCCAUGCUGGAACGCCUGCAGGAGAAGGACAAACAUGCGGAAGAGGUGCGGAAAAACAAGGAGCUCAAGGAAGAAGCCUCCAGGUAGAGAGGCCAGGACGGUGGCGGUUUGGACUGACAACGCCAGUGAAGCUUUGCGACCGAUGAUGGGGAGUUCCUCUGCUUGCUUUGUUUGUGAAUGUAAAGAAUUGACCAGUGAAGCCAUCCUAUUUGUUUUGGGGGAGGGAGGGGAGAAGGGGAGGAGAGA